AUGAAUCAUUCUCGUAUGAGUUCUGAUUUAGUUGCUAAUUUGAUUGUUGAAGGUGUUCGUGAUAAUCCAUUGACACGUUCAGUUCAUGUUGUUUGGGAUUUUAAGUUGCGGUAUGGGCUGAGAAGUUGCAAUCCAAGGACUUACAUUGAAUUUGAGUGUGGCGAUGAUACUAAACAGUUUAAGAGAUUAUUUGUUGCUUUUCAUAGUUCCAUUAGUGGAUUUGAUUAUUGUCGACCUCUCUUGUUUCUUGAUGGCACAUUUUUUAAAGGAAGAUUUAGAGGAAAUUUACUUGCCGCUACAGGAAAAGAUGGAAAUCAAGAGAAUCAAGACAACUGGCGUUGGUUUUUGAAGCGUUUGAGUACAAUUGUUUCACCAGAACCAAAUAUUACAUUCGUGUCAGAUCGUAACCUUGGAUUAGUUGAAGUUUUGCCAAAGGUUUUCCUAAUGGCUUUCCAUGCUUAUUGUUUAUAUCAUUUGAAGAUGAACUUGAGGCAUCAAUUGCGUGGUAUGUUUCAUGGAUUGAAAAAAAAGCUGAUCACUUUGUUUGGAAAAUGUGCAUAUGCUCCAACUAAAGAAACAUUUCAUCAAUGUUUGGUUGAGUUAAAGACUGAAGGUGGGUCAAGAGUUGAAAAGUUUUUAGAUGACAUAUCAUAUGAUCAUUGGAGUAAUGCAUAUUUUCGAGGGCAACGCUUUAGAGAGAUGUGGUUGGAUGUAGCUAAAUCUUUGAAUUUGUGGAUACGGGAGGAAUAUCAUUUGCCUAUCACAAAGUUGAUUGAUAGUGUAAGAAUUAAGUUGACGAGGAGAAUUGCUAAGAGGAAGGAGCUUGUUAAUAAAUGGAAUAGUGUGAUAUGCCCCAAAAUGGAGUCCAAGUCGCAUAAUGCUUUUAAUACUUCGAGGCCAUGGAUUGUUAGUUCAUCUGGAAAUGAUGUCUAUGAGGCGCAUUCACAUCCAUCUGUCUCAGUUGACAUUUGUACACGAAUAUGUUCUUGUGGCAAGUGGCAGUUGAAAGGGUUUUCAUGUGCACAUGGAGUUGGUACUAUACAAAAGAGUGGACAUGAUUUGAGUUUAUUUGUUGAUCAAUACUUCUAUGUUCAAAAUUAUCAAGAGUCCUAUUCUUUUCCCAUAUAUCCUGUUCCUUCAAUUUAG